CCUGAGAUAAUUUUGACUGAAACCAUUUCAUAAAAACCAAGUUCGUGUUAACAUGUCUUCUAUUUCCUUUAAAGAAAAAACAACAAAAAAAACAAACGGAAAACGCCAAAAAAUUUCAACGUUAUUCUUCGGUUCGUUUGAUACGAAAGUUGGUGUCAGGGUUAAGACUGUAAAUAGUUUCUGACGAAUUAGACCUUAUGGAGACCAUACAAUGACUGACGGCGAGAAAUUUGAUACGAGGGUGAACCUGAUGUUUCCUGAGUCAUCAUUUUUUAAAACCGUAAAUGAGUUCUUCCAUAAUGGGGUAAGUGAAAGAAGUUAUUUAAAAAAAAAGAAAAAGAAAAAUAAAGAAAAAAAGAAAAUUAAUAACAUUUUACAGGUUUUUUGUUGUUGUUUUUUUUUACGAAAAUGUUUCAUUUAGAAAUAUGAUAUUUAAUUAAAUCUAAAAACUUUCGUUUAGAGAUACAAAUUAAUAAUUUCAAAUAAUUUGAAAAAAAAAAAAAAAAAAAAAAAAAAAAAAAAAAAAAAAAAAAAAAAAAAAAACCAGACGCACACAAUUUUCAUUCACUAAGCUCGAAUACUUAUAAUACAUUCACGAACUCAGGUAUUUCAUUGACUGAUGUUGAAAUCUCUAUCGAUGUACUCAAAUCUCAACUUAAUUGGAUUCUUAGAUAUUUAAAAAAAAAAAAAAGUGUUUUACUAUCACUUAAAAAAAAUAUUAUUUUUAUUUUGUGCGAAGUAUUGUGUGUAGUUGUUGCUGUAUGCUUUGCAUAGUAGUAGAAGUGGAGCAGCUGGUCAUAAAGGAGUGGUAAUGGAGCUCUACGGCGAGAACGGGAUCAAAGAAGACGCCGUUCGUUUACUAAAGAGACGGAACUCAAUAACCCCUGGACAACGAGGCUGUUGAACUUUUAAGACCGGCUCGUAACUUUACACAACCAGCACGAAGGAAUAGGAAUGUCAAGAUUGGAGUAUAGUGUGUUGACAGAAACGGCAAGGCUACAUUCACGAUUGUUCUGGUUUUUUUUAAAUUUAAAUUAUUAUUUUAAGGACGUGGGGGUUGGAAGUGGUUAAGGAGGGGGGGGGGGAGAUCAAAGGCUACGGUUAGACUCGAUGUUGAUACAAUGAAAUUAUGUGAGACCGAAUGGAAAAAAAAAACGGGAGCUCAUUACAACCCCCUCCCCACUCCCCACACACACAUACCAUACACACACCGUGGGCCCCCUCCCUGCAUACCUCCGGUAGAAAAUAAUUCCAUGUUUGGAUUAAAACCGCAGUUUUUGGUCGGGGGCUACGUUUUUUUGUCAUACACUAAUCCAGGGGUUCUCGGCCUUGAAAUGGAAUGUUAUCCCCAUCGUGUGCCCAUGUUCAGUGCUCGUGCGGUAUGAAACAAAGUGAACAUAAGAAAAUUGUUAAAUGCUUUAUAUUAUUUUUUGUUUUAAAAGCUAAAUAAUUGUUUAUAUUAUUUCUCAAAACGAAUGUAUUAAGAUAUUCUGCAGUGCUCAGAUAACCAACCUAUGGCGGAGUCAUUAGCACCACCAGGGGCAUUUAUGAAAUUAUUCGGGAAAACGGUAAAAAUGUAACGACUCGCGAUUUCGUUAUUUUCUUUACAAUACAGAAGAGACUGGAAUAUCCGGACAACUGUAACCUUAUUAUUUUUACAUCCGGACGCAAAUUUGUGCGCUAGACCGUUCAACGUUCAUAUUUCUCACUGGAGGCCCUGCACAUUUUACACAUAGAAUCUUUGGUCUGUCACCUUAGGAAAUAUAAACAGAAAAAUUAUAAUUUAAAUUUUGAGGCAAUACGAGAUGUAAUUUCGACCCUACCGGAACGCCAAGGCAAAGUUCUCUUAAACGGGACGAUCUCAGUCGAACCGUGGCGUCUAGUUGAGCCUAUAAAUUAGUGGUGUACCAAUUCAGGAAAAUACAGUUAAAAGUAUUGACACACACACACGUUGUCUUCUCAAAAUAAUAUUCUUGAAAAGAAGGGUGAUUAGGGGUUUCUUUUACGAACACAAGGAAAUACGGUUGUGUUUUUUGCUAUUUCCUUGAAAAUACUGUUCAGGGACGAGGAAAAAAAGGAGUAGAUACAUUUUUAACUGGUAAAAUACGACUAAGUUCAAUGAAGGUACCCGGUACAAACGUAAAAAAAUUGGUUUUUAGAUGUCCGGUUUCUUGGUUAAAAUGUUUCGUCAAGUUCAUAAUUACUAAAACACCAGAACAGACACAAGCAAGUGUUCCCACGGAAUAUGGCCGGGAUUAUUAUACCCGGUUCACACCGGGUCACAUCUUCUAAAGACUGUGUCCGGAAAAUAGGUCAGCUUUUAAUAAUGAUUGGUCAGUCGAGAGCGCAUCGUGAAGUCUGUGUGGAAGCUAAUGGUGGACACAUCGUACCCAAAAACUGUAGUUUCAUAAAAAUUGAAAAAAAUAAGUUAGAAGUACAUAGCGUUGAGUCUAAAGGGAUGCCAACAGCGCCGAUGCGUCUCCGGUUCCGCGUUGACUCAGUGCUAUUCGGAUGUCAUUUGUGGUAGUUUAUUUUAGCUCAACGUAAGAAGUAAGUUUACACACAUAUAGUCCAUUCAAUUAUCUUUCAUUUGAUACCAAAUUUUGUCCUACAAACCCUACAAUAAUCUUUAAAUAAUUUUUUUAAUAAACCCAAACUCUAACAUCUCGGACCCGGGUCCUAAUAGCCGCAGGCUUUUUUGAUGUGUAAAAAUAUUAUUCCAGAUUAUUCUAUAGGCUAAAUAUAAAGACAUAAACAAAAGAGCCCACCCCCCCCCCCCCCCCCCCCACUUCACAACCCCCCACGCCCCGACGACAAUGUUUAAAAAGAAAAAAAUCACUCCACAAAAAACACACCAGCUAACAUACGCACGACACAGCAUGAUUUCAAAUUCGCAUACGCAUAACCGUUCACACAUACCAGCGUUAACUUGCGGAGAUACACAGACACACGUAUGUACACGGACACACGUGCACACACACACACGGAAACCCACACACCCACAAAACACACACACACACGGACGCACGCACGCGCGUACACACACAUUCUACAAAUCUUUCUUGUUCUUGAAUUUCUGAUAAGUUAUAAAACGGGUCAAACAAAUUAAGGGUAAACUCCGGAACAAUAGGAAGGCAACGACACAACGAACGUGUCGGCAGGAAGCCGAAACUGAUCACAUACAAACUUAGAGGUACACAUCAAGCUUUGCCGAUGAAGCCUUCCUGUCGACUCCAGAGGUCAAUAGCAUGACCUCCCUAACACACAAAAACACGCAUGAACAUUCACACACAUUUAUUAUAUGAGAUCUGAACAAUGUCUUAGAUAAUUCAUUGUAGAAAUUUUUGAACAUUUGACCAGAUAAUCUAGAUUUAUUGUUGCGAUUUCUGAACAUUUGACCAGAAAAAUUUAAUGUAGUAUAAUUUCUGAACAUCUGACCAGACAUUUUAUUGUAACAGUUUCUGAACAUUUGACCAGACAUUUUAUUGUAACAGUUUCUGAACAUUUGACCAGGCUCAAAUUUAAUGUAGAAGAUCGGCGAAAGCUCACUACCACAUUCAUGGUAGCAGCUCUGAACAUUUCAGGACUACAUUGUUUUUUUCUAGUUUUGACAUCUCAACAUGAUAGUACACACAUCCAUUUCAAUGGGUCUAGUCAAUGAACGUUAAAAUAAAACAGAUUAAGAUUUGCUAGCAUGAUCCUUGGUUGCGGGACGGAUUAUUGCGCGCCAAACCUCCCGCGCAAAGGGGGUGUGGGGGGGAGGCGAAGAGUCAUAUGUUUUAUAUCGUGUUGUUCAGCUAUCAUGGAUUUCAAAUCAUUGCCUGCGGUAAAUCACAGAGUCUUUAUCGCAAGCUACGACCGGUUCACGGAAUUGUACGGGAAGAAAUAGCUUGUAAACAGAGAUAACAUAGAGAAUGACGAAAUAAUAAAAAUCGAACUAUGUGUCCGCGCAAACCCCACCCCCCCAACCACCACCACCACACACACACUUUCACAGUGAGCACUAACCAUGUCGGGCAUUAGAAGGAAUAGCUGCGCCCGGGGCGUAAUCUGAAAGUGCCCCCCUUCGCUUUUUGAAAUAUAUGAUAUACGAUACACAUACUUUUAUAAAUAUAUGUAUAUAUAUAUAUAUAUAUAUAUAUAUAUAUAUAUAUAUAAUAUAUAUUUUCCUUUAUUUACUCUUCCGCCCCCCCACACCAUCCAGAUAUUUUCGCCCAAAUAUAUGAUAUACUAUACACAUACUUUUAUAAAUAUAUGUAUAUAUAUAUAUAUAUAUAUAUAUAUAUAUAUAUAAUAUAUAUUUUCCUUUAUUUACUCUUCCGCCCCCCCACACCAUCCAGAUAUUUGCGCCCGCACCAGCUGUCCCUAUUCUCCACACCAGCCUAAACUUUUUUUUUUCACGCAAGGCUCCAAUUUCCCGAAUCGUUGAGUGUGUUCUCUGCCUCAGACUUUAAGAGGAAUGUUCCGAGUUAACGCCGUUUAAAAAAAACAAAAAAAAACAAGAACAAAACAAGCAUAAUAAAAUAAAAUACAACAAUAGCGCAACGCAGAAUAGACCGCUAUAAGUUUCAAAAAUAGCUUAAAACGGCUUGCACAUGGUCUCAAUUCUACGUUUCUCCAGUUCCCAUUUAAAGAUUGUCUUAGAUUAUUGAAACCGAAUAUAUAUAUAUAUAUAAAUAUAUUCCGUGGGAACACUUGGUUGUGUUUUAUUAAUUAUGAACUUGACGAAACAUUUUAACCAGGAAACCGGACAGCUUAAACCCACUUUUUUUACGUUUGUACCUUAAUCGAACUUAUUCGUAUUUUAUCAGUUAAAUCAAUGUAUCUGCUCCUUUUUUUCCUCGUCCAUGAAACUGUUCAUUCAAGGAAAUAGCAAAAACACAAUCGUAGUCAAAUAAACCCCUAUUACACCUCUUUUCACGAAUAUUAUUUUGAGAAGACAACGUGUGUGUGUCAAUACUUUUAACUGUAUUUUCCUGAAUUUUGUAUACCACCUAUUUAUGGGCUUACCUAGACGCCGCGGUUCGACUGAGAUCGUCCCGGUUGAAACGACUUCGUCCCGUUUAAGAGAACUUUGCCUUGGCGUUCCGGUAGGGUUGAAAUUACAUCUCGUAUUGACACAAAAUUUAAAUUAUUUUUUCUGUUUAUAUUUCCUAAGGUGACAGACCAAAGAUUCUAUGUGUAAAAUCUGCAGGCCUCCAGUCAGAAAUAUGAACGUUGAACGGUCUAGCGCACAAAUAUGCGUCCGGAUUUAAAAAUAAGGGCACUGUUGUCCGUAUACUUGAAUCUCUUCUGUAUUGGAAAUAGAAUAACGCAAUCACGAGUCGUUACAUUUUUACCGUUUUCCCGUAUUUCAUUGAAUAAUUUCAUAAAUGCCCCUGGUGGUGCUAAUGAUUCCGCCUUAGGUUGUCUGAGCACUGCAGAAUAUCUUAAUACAUUAACUUUAAAAAAAUAAUAUAAACAACUAUUUGGCUUAUAAAACAAAAAUGAAAUAAAGAACUAUUUGGCCUUUAAAACAAAAAUGAUAUAAAGAACUAUUUGGCCUUUAAAACAAAAAUGAUAUAAAGAACUAUUUGGCCUUUAAAACAAAAAUGAUAUAAAGAACUAUUUGGCCUUUAAAACAAAAAUGAUAUAAAGAACUAUUUGGCCUUUAAAACAAAAAUGAUAUAAAGAACUAUUUGGCCUUUAAAACAAAAAUGAUAUAAAGAACUAUUUGGCCUUUAAAACAAAAAUGAUAUAAAGAACUAUUUGGCCUUUAAAACAAAAAUGAUAUAAAGAACUAUUUGGCCUUUAAAACAAAAAUGAUAUAAAGAACUAUUUGGCCUUUAAAACAAAAAUGAUAUAAAGAACUAUUUGGCCUUUAAAACAAAAAUGAUAUAAAGAACUAUUUGGCCUUUAAAACAAAAAUGAUAUAAAGAACUAUUUGGCCUUUAAAACAAAAAUGAUAUAAAGAACUAUUUGGCCUUUAAAACAAAAAUGAUAUAAAGAACUAUUUGGCCUUUAAAACAAAAAUGAUAUAAAGAACUAUUUGGCCUUUAAAACAAAAAUGAUAUAAAGAACUAUUUGGCCUUUAAAACAAAAAUGAUAUAAAGAACUAUUUGGCCUUUAAAACAAAAAUGAUAUAAAGAACUAUUUGGCCUUUAAAACAAAAAUGAUAUAAAGAACUAUUUGGCCUUUAAAACAAAAAUGAUAUAAAGAACUAUUUGGCCUUUAAAACAAAAAUGAUAUAAAGAACUAUUUGGCCUUUAAAACAAAAAUGAUAUAAAGAACUAUUUGGCCUUUAAAACAAAAAUGAUAUAAAGAACUAUUUGGCCUUUAAAACAAAAAUGAUAUAAAGAACUAUUUGGCCUUUAAAACAAAAAUGAUAUAAAGAACUNCACACACACCUCCAAAAAAAAAACAAAAAAAAACACCAACAACCAAAAAGCCGGAACAGUUGUGACAGUAGCCGUGCCGUUUCUGUCAACACACUAUAUUGCAAUCUUCACAUUCCUAUUCCUUCGUGCUGGUUGCGUUACGAACCGGUACAAACAGUUCAAUAGCUUCGCGGUCUAGGGGUAAUUGAGUAUUGUCUCGUUAUUAAACGAACAGCGUCUUCUUUGAUCCCGUUCUCACCCUAGAACUCCGUUACCAAUCCUCUAGUACCAGCUACUCCGUUGCUUCUACUAUACAGAGCAUACAGCAACAGCUACACAAAUACGCUCAGCACCAAACACAAACCACGAACGAGUCCCUAACCUUCAUGCCGACGGCGUAGUCCAAUCGUAGCAUUCCUUUGUUUCGGCUACCUUCUCCUGUCAACUGCGUCGUUUAAGCUAAGCAUUAAUUGGUGUUGGUGAACUAAUCCGGUCAACCGUUUAGUCCAUGUGUACGUAAUAUAUCUUGAAAUUGUCACACUCCUCUUGCCACACGAGUUAUCGCAGCUAACUAUAUUUUUGUGUUGGCCAACUUCUCCUGUCAACUUUGUAAUUUCACGUUUAACAGUCGCUUCUUGUCGGCUAACUUCCCCAGUCAUCUAUGGAGUCCAGUCUAAAAACUUUCCUUUGGCCUGGCUGAAUUCCCUUGUCAAAUGUGUAUUCCAGUGGUCCUCAAAUUUAGCGGCACGAGUCCCAGCUGGGGGUAGUCCGAAAUUCCAAGGGUUUUGGGGGAUUUCAGAGGGAGCUGUGACUCCAAAAGUGGCUGGUGUGGGUUUUAUUUUAACAAAAUUAAGUUUUAAAUAAAAUCAUGUAUUUAAAAGGAAUGCAAAAAAACAAAAAAGAAAAACAGGAAAAAAAAAAGAAGAGAAAGGAAAAUAAAUGAAGAAAAUGAAAUGUAGAUUUUUAAAAUGAAUCCUCAGCUUUGAUUUGGUGACAGUGUGCAUUCAGCGACCUGUACAGCAAACUCCAUAAUUUCAAUGCAAUCUAUCAUCCAAUUCGGAGUACCCCAGGUCUCGGUCCUACGCCCGGUGCUUUUCACUAUGUACGUUCCGCCACUGGGUGCAGUGAUCAAGCAGUUUGAUAUGCUAUAUCACAUGUUCGCGGUUGAUACCCAACUUCAUAUAUAUGUGAUCCCCUCUCAGUUCCCUCAGCUUCUUAGCAUGACACAGAAGACAGUGGAUUCAGUUAAGCACUGGAUGACUAUAAACAAGCUCAAAUUGAACGAUGAAAAGACCGAGUUAAUCCCCGAGUUACUACCGCUCAAAAGCUAAACUAUAUAAAUAACACACGAACCUUUACUCUCUCAGGUAUACAGAUUGAGUUGUCUCAAACAGUGCGAAAUCUGGGUGUCUACUUAGACAGAACAAUAGCUAUGGAAAAUCACAUUAACAUGCUUUGCAAGGCGAUUUUUCUAGAGCUGUGCAGAAUUAGUCAUAUACGACCUGUCUUAACGUUAGAUGCAUCAAAGAGGCUGAUUUCUGCAUUCGUGCUAUCACGCAUGGACUACUGCAAUGCUCUCAUGGUGGGUCUUCCAGCUAGGCUCCUGAAUAAAAUUGAAAAAAGCACAGAAUAAUGCGGCUCACAUUGCUCUUCGCAAACGCAAAUUCGAUCCUGCUAAAAUACUUCUGAGAGAGUUGCAUUGGCUGCUGGUCCACGCUCGCAUAGUGUUCAAAAUUGCAACUCUGUGCUACCGCUGCUUGCAUGACCUGGCGCCGUCCUAUCUCAAAGCGCCACUGACGCCUUUUGUAUCCACUAGACAACUCCGCUCAUCUAUUAGUGGCAAACUCUCGAUACCACGUGCUCGCCUUGAGACUUACGAAAGGGGGGGGGGGCGCACUUUCGCAUUUGCUGGCCCAACAAUUUGGAACACACUUCCUGUUGCUCUCAGAAAAAGCCCGACACUGGAGUCUUUCAAAACUGAUUCGAAGACUUAUCUCUUUCGUAAAUACCUGCUGGGGUGAUGUUGUCUAUCUAGCUAUUAUCUUGUAGAUGUAUAUUGACCUGUGUUGUUUAUGGUUGCAUGGUAUGAAAGACUUAGAAUGGGUAUUCUCGUAUGUAGUUUUUGUAUUGUUGCAUUUUGCACUUCAGUGUGGUAUGUACCGUCCUUCGAGCCUUUGGUGAUGAAGCGUGAUUUUUAAAUAAUCUGUAUUAUUAUUAUGGAUUAUAUAAAAUGGCGAAUAAUAAGUAACUGCUCUCUUCAUAUAACUCAGUAAUUACAUUUCGUCUUUUUGUCUUUAACAGAAUACCAACUGAAUCGGCAAUUUAAAAAAAAAAAAAUCAAGCGACCUCACAGUAUACAAUUUCAUUCAUUAGGGUUCGAGACAUUAUCAGUCGUUUGGAAAUAUAGUAAUCUAGAUGUUAUUUUUUUAAAUAAAUAAAAACACAACCUACACAUACACAAACACACACACAACAACCAAAAAAAAACCACAAAAAAAAAAAACCAGUAGUUUGGAAAUUAGUAAUCGAUAUUUAUUUAUUUUUUAAAUCAACAAAAACAAACUAAAAACAAACAAACAACAAAUCAACUGUACAAAUUAAAAAGAGUUCAAGCAGAUCUUUGUGUAGCCAGAAGAAUUUUUAACCAUGGUUCAUGUUUUGAUUUGAAGACAUUACUUCUCGAUGUGAGCUGUAUGCCUGGUGAAACGGAAAAAAAAUGAAGAUGCUGUAGAAGUGGCAAAUUGUGGCCUGCGUGCCAACAAUUCUGGAAAAAAAUCGCUUUCUUUUCCGUAAAAAAAAAAUAAAAAUAUCAAUCAAUUUAGAUCAAUGGAAUUCUCUUCCACUACACAUCCGCAAAGUACCGACCAUCUAGGCCUUCAAAACUGCAUCUCUCUAAACUUUACUAUCCUGGCUGAUUCCCCCACUCUAACGGAUAAACGAUACUGCUGGGUGCCGUCCAUGGCUUGAAAUGUAAAUAGUUCUGGAAUGGGUGGAGUCUAUAUACAUUUGUUUGGUUUUUAUACUGAUGUUGUUUUUUUUUUUAAUGUAAGCAAUGCAUGUUCAUUUUUAAGUUCAAGAUUAUGUUUAUUCAAUUUUAUGUACAGCGCGGUGAGCCAAGCCCUAGGCUGGGGUACGGCGCUUUCUAAAGCCACCACUAAUAAUAAUAAUAAUAAUAAUAAUAAUAAUAAUAAUAAUAAUAAUAAUAAUAAUAAUAAUAAUAAUAAUAAUAAUAAUAAUAAUAAUGAUAAUAAUAAUAAUCAUAAUCAUAAUAAUAAUAAUAAUAAUAAUAAUAAUAAUUAUAAUAAUAAUAACAACAAUAAUAAUAAUAAUAAUAAUAAUAAUAAUAAUAAUAACAACAACAAUAAUAAUAAUAAUAAUAAUAAUAAUAAUAAUAAUAAUAAUAAUAAUCAUAAUAAUAAUAAUAAUAAUAGGUCACGUGAUGUGCAGAUGUUGGACGUGUUUCCUUUGGUCCCGAAUGGGUGUGCGACGAAUGUUUCAUAUUAAAAAAAAUCUAAACGUGAUUUUUCAUAUGAGUUAUAAAAGAUUCCAUAACAUUUUUAACUUUCUAUUUAAGCGAUGUUUGGUAGCGUACCGUGAUCAAAACGGAUCAUUUCAAAUUGGUGUGCAAGGGAAGAAGAACAUUAAAACUUUAGGCACCCCCGCGACGCCUGGGUUCACUAAUGGAUGUUACACGGAAUCGAUCGACGGAUGUUGCUGUGGAUCCAGCAGUGGAUGUUACCCUGGUAACAUUUGUGGAUUUUUACCCUGGAUCCAUCAGUGAAUGCCACCCUUGGAGUCUACAUAUGAUGUUACCCUGGAUCCACCAGGAGAUGUUACCCUUGACCCGCCAGUUGAUGUUACCCUUGACCCGCCAGUUGAUGUUACCCUUGAGCCACCAAUGGAUGGCACUUAAUUGUAUGCUUCAGUGCAUAUAACUAUAACUGUAAUUUUAUCUAAGUGCACACAAGUAGCUAUAUUCAACCAACCAGUGGGCGCAUCUUUAUAAUAUAUUUUACACGUUUAUAUCAACAAACAAUGGCAUGGACUCAAACUAUGAUCACUCCACAAAUGAUCAGUUGGGUGCAGGGGGGCGAAGCUGUCUAAACUUAAUAAAACCAAAUAAGCUGGUUGUCUAGAGUUCAAUCCCCACCAAAGCCAACACCCCAAGCACCCCGGGUGGAUGGGACUCGUUAGCCUUGGACGGCGACUCGUCUAAGAGAAGGCGAACCCUGAAUUUAAACCAGGAGCCUGAAUGAUCCAUAAAUUGAUCGUGGGCCCCCUCAAAUGUAUAAAAAAAAAAAAAAAAAAAAAAAAUAAAAAAAAAACCUUAGCACGAACGCUAUUCAAUCCACUCUUGGAUAUACUUAAAAAAUGUGAACCCUAUUCAACUCACCAUCGCAGUGCACAAACUUUAUUCUGGAAAAAAAUAUGUAUUAAAACACUAACACACGGUAGCUUAGCUAGGCGGUGGGGAGGGCUUUGUGCUGUCCCUUUUCCCAAAAGACUAUGCAGUUUGCCGAAAAAAGUACCCCCCACCCCCCAAGUAGAAAGUAUAGUAGUUCCUUCAGAGGUGGACCACCACCCCCCCCCUCUCUUCUCCGCAAAAGACAUCUCCUAUGUCACCGAUGACACAAGAAAAAAACAACAAAACAAGCACAGUUCUUACAAAUGAUUUCCUGAUUGUUUUUAUUUUAAUUUUUUAAUUUUUGUUUGCAGGUCCAACAUUCCAAAGAGAGUCACAACAACCAAUCUGAAAUCAUCCUUACUGACAAUCAUCGUAGCGUUCGCUUUACUGUCAGUGUUCUACAUGUACCUGAUCACGCCGUAAGUAUUGUUGUUUUACCCUCAAAACUUCUGUUUUGUCAGAGUUCUACAUGUACAUGACCAUGUCGUAAGUAUCGUUGUUAUACCCUCUAGUGGCCUCUAGACUUCGCUGCAGAUCAACGGAGUGAAACAAUUAAAGGACAUUACAGAAAAAUUUCGAACUUGUUUUACUAAACAUCUUUUUUGUCCCCCAAUCCAUCGAUCCAAUUUAUGAGCCUGUCCAAUGGCGAAGGAUUAUUUAUUUAUUUAUACGUUAGCCGUGCAAAUUAAACACCGCUAUUCAACGUGGCGUAAUGCACUUAAUCGUUGGUCGGAAGGGCUUAACGUCUAAACUAAGUCGGCCACAAGUAUGUUGUGCAGGUCUAGUUUAGAGUAUAAGCAAUGGAGCAGUUAGUAAUUUAGUGUUAGUAAUGGAGUUGCAGAGUAAGAAGAGCGGGAUGAAAGAAGAAGACACGCUUGAUACUUAAUAAAGAAACAUUUGUCUUGUUUUGUGGAUAACUGGUUUAUUAAGUAAUUUAAUUACCCCUAGCAAAAACGAGCUACUGAGCUUGUAAACACCCAGCUCGUACAACGAGAGUGGAAAUUGAGAAAGGGUAAAGAUAAGAUACAUUAUGAUCCAAUAAAUUUUGAUCGGAUAUAUUUUACAAUACGAUAAGUUAUUAUACGAUAAAUUACGAACAGAUAAAUUAUGAUCGUAUAAAUUUGGGACACAUACAUUAUGACCAGUGUUCCCUUUAAACUGCGCGGCUGCGUGGCCGCGCAGCUAUCUCACAGACGCCGCGCAGCAGUUUUGAGUAUCCGCGCAGAAAAUUUCCAUGUAAAUGUGUGUUUGUGGGCUAUGAAAUUUUGCACGCACAAAAAUUGAUGCUGUAAAAAUUUGCACACAGCUGUAUGAUUUUACACAUGAACCAAGAAACCUUAGAGGGAACAUUGAUUAUGACAGGAUCAAUUCUGAUUGGAUAGAUUUUGAUAUGAUACAUUAUUACUGAAUAUCUUACGAUAUAAACAAUUAUUACAGGAUAAAUUAUGAUUGGAUAAAUUAAGACAGAAUAAACUAUUGUUUAGAAAAAUUAUGAUCAGAUAAGCUAUGAUCAAGUGCAGUGCGGGAAAAUGCAGACAAAAAAAUAAAUAAACAAUAAAAAUAAUAAUUGCAUGGUUGUUUAAGGACAUACCGUGAAAUAUAGAGAGAAACAAAAAAGAGAAUUGAGAAAUAUCCGUUGUUUUCUUAACUUCAAACUUUUCAUUGUUUUUAAUAUAUUUAUUAAAAUAUUUUUUUAUUUAUGGAAUGACUCGAUUUUUUGUCUUCUUCUUCUGUCCGGCGCUACCGGGGGAAUCGUUGUCGCUAUUCAUAAUGUGCAGUUGGCGCUGUUACGAACCGGGUCUUACUUAAAAGGUUCGUUAACUUCGUCGUCUAAGGGUUUGAUUAUAUAUAUUCUUCACAAACCAUUAUUCUCAUAUUAAAUAUCUUUAUUACAUAAACUAAGGUACAGCUUCAACUUCCAUUACUCACAAGACCACAACACCACACUAAUCUAAUCACAUCCCCUUUCGCGCAAUGCGUCACAAAAUAUCAAACAUUUAAUAAAAGCAUCUACCCAAAUAAUCUCUAAACAACACGCCAUCACCCAACACUUUCAAGUCCUUAACAGGCGCCACAAUGUGAUGGGCCUCUUCAAGGAUCCUGGUGGGGCCGCUUAGUCUGUAUUGGACGUCUCCAAUCGUCACCGCAGUAUCGCAUUUUAUGUCGCGUUAACCAGUGUUGAAAUGAGCGGAUGUAGGGAAGAGUGUGCGUUCCUGAUAUAGCGUGUCCGCUUCUAAACAGAGACCUGGCAAAAUUUAUUUGAUAUGUAUUCAAACACAUGCGUUUUAUUCAUUUAUUACUCCUUUUUUAAAAAAAAAAACAUGAUUGCUGUAAGAGGCGUUUGGCCCAAGCGUCCACGUAAUUGGCCUUUCUUAUUUUUUUUUUUAAAAGCCCAAACAUAUCAUUUUCUACAAAAAAAAUUUUUCUUUCAUUUAACCAUAUUCCCUGUCCAACACUUUCAAAAAAAAAAAGUUUAAUUGGGUGCUGGCAAAAAUAUGUUGAGAUAAACAAAUAUUUAAAAAGUUUUUAAAAAAUUACAUCUAGGCGUUUGCGAAACAAAUCAAGCUAAAUAUAUAUAUACAUAUUAUUUUGAAACAGAUGCAAAGUUUAUAUUUACAUGUUUGUUAGACCUUUGCAGGGCCUGCAACGCACAGCUAAAUCAGGUCAUACGUACCAAUUAGACUGGUCAAAUCUGAUCAGUUGCCUGCACUGUUGACUAUUACCCCCCCCCCCCCCCCCAUCGAACUUUUUUUUUUUGGUUCGGAAAGAGGGCGAGGGGGAGACCAAAAAAUAUUGAUACGCCACCCCCCCCCCUGGCUCGCCACCCCAGGGUGCCAGUAAGUCCUAGCUACGCCACUUCGUCACAAUUGGUCUCAGGUAGAACAUUUCUAUCAUUUGUUUAUUCUUACAGUUCUUUCAGCGUGCGUGUCUUCUCCUUUGGACUCAGUGAUCAGCAGGGGAAUGUUACAGCGUCACGGCCUAAUUCCACGGCAGUCUUCUCUCUGACAGAUUCAGCGAACAUCUCAACAAUCCAUGCUUUGAAAAUAACGUCCGCCAAUAAUAUUUUGGAGCAGUUUACCAACGACACGACCCAAGUCAGUACCCAUUUCACCACGAGCUUACCGGCGACAACAAAAGCCCAGGUCAAGACUGGACCCUUAUUCAUGACGGCAGCGUUUAUGGGUCGGCUCGGCAACCAGUUAUUUAUCUACGCGUCCCUGCUCGGCAUAGCCAGGGCGCAGAAUAGAACCGCUUUCAUACGGAGAGGGACCGACUUGGAAAAGGCCUUUCAAAUAACUCACGUCAACCACAAUAUCAGCACAGCAGGGUUAGUACCUUUCAUUUGCUCAAUCUUUCAAAUAACUCACGUCAACCACAAUAUCAGCACAGCAGGGUUAGUACCUUUCUUUCGCUCAAUCUUUCAAAUAACUCACGUCAACCACAAUAUCAGCACAGCAGGGUUAGUACCUUUCAUUUGCUCAAUCUUUCAAAUAACUCACAUCAACCACAAUAUCAGCACAGCAGGGUUAGUACCUUUCUUUCGCUCGAUCUAAUCUCAUCUUUAUUUGGCGAACUGCGGGAAAAAAAGAGUCCGAGCUUAUUUUUGUAAGAGUUAGAAGGAGAAUUUGUAAGAGACGAGGGAACGAUGCCAUGUAUGCAGAGGCGUAGCGUGGUGGGGGCAGGGGGGGACAGAUGUCCCCGGGCGCCAGCUAGUUAGGGGCGCCAAAAUGUGCUUUGAUAUUAUUUUAUUGAUGAAAAUAAUGGGUUUGAGAGUUGAAAAAAAUAAAAAGGGGCGCUAAAAAUGGAUCUUGUCCCCGGGCGCGAAUUUUGUCCCCGGGCGCCAAACACCCUCGCUACGCCACUGCAUGUAUGUGACUAAAGCGUCGUGGGUUUGUAUCCACAUCAGAUCAAAAGGGGUUUAUACAUAACACACUAAGAAUAGCCCGUCAAACAACGACGGUGGCAGUGCGUGAACUUCCCAUCUACUAAAGUUACCUGACGAAACACGAAAUCAAGUUACGCCUCUUCCUAAGAACCCCAAUUUGUACUAACUUGUGAGAAUUUUAGUUUUCGCUUCUACCGACCACAGCGCUUAGCCUUACACGAGUGCGUGUAAAGAACUAUUUAUUUAAGAUGAUUUAUUUAAAACUAAUUACAGUUUUAAAGACAAUUUAAGCUAGGGGAGACUUGUCAUCGCCAUUUUUUAUACUGCAUGCCUCAUACUGAAAGAUAAUAUCUUAUUAACUGCAAUUUAUUAUUUUUUUUAUUUUCUAAGAUUCCUCACUGUCCACCAGUCAAAGUAUGCAACUUUUGAUCCAAAGCUGAUGAACCUUUCAAGGGACAACGUAACCUUGGUCGGUUAUCUGCAAGUCUGGAGAUACUUUAAGAACAUAGAAGACGAAAUAAGAAGAGAGUUCACCUUCAUCGCGUCUCUAAAGAAACAGAUUGAUGAAAUUUUGGACAAGGUCAGGAGGGAAUUCAAAUGUGACGUCAUAGUAGGAGUCCACGUGAGGCGAGGUGAUUUCCUGUCCACCACAAACCAAAACGUGGGUUACGGUGUCGCCAAGGCGUCAUAUUUCAUCAAGGCGAUGGACAGAAUGAGGUCCAUGCUAAACGGCACGAAAGCGACGUUCGUGGUGUCCAGCGACGAUCUACAAUGGUGCCAGGAGAAUUUAAACUUUACAGAAGUUCAAAUACUGGCACCAGCCUCAGCUCCGUUGCACUUUGGUGUCCUGGCCAACUGUGAUCACGUGAUAUUAGCGGGCGGAACCUACGGCUGGUGGUCGGCCUGGUUGGCCAACGGCAUCACCAUUUAUUACGAUAAAUUUCUCGUCAGAGGAACAUGGCUGAUGGGCGGAGCUAACUUACAAGACUACUACCCUACAGGGUGGAUUGCACUUGGUGACUGAGGAACCCGGUUGGGGGGGGGGACCCCAAACCAAACACAUCAAAGUGUCUUCAGGUGCUGUUGCUUUUUAAACUAUCUCCCUAAUAUUUUACCUUCAAAACAAAUUACACGAGGAAUAACAACAGGAUGCCCACUUAGGGAAACCCAAAGGCCCACAUCCAAUAUGCACCCUCUACAACAAUCCAUUUCAGCAUCUUGCAUAUGCUUAAGACAUAGCACUAUUAAAAACGUAGUCAAGUCACGUGAAAAGCAUUUUUUUUUUUCAAUUAUACGUAACAUUACUACAAGCAGGGGCUGGGCGUGAACAACCAAAAAAAAAAAUAAAAAAAAUAAGUGACUAUUGAAAGAGAGGACCAGGCAGAUAAAACGAUUACAAUUAGAAACAACACUUCGUAAAAAGUAAAUCAAUUUUUAAAAAUCUCAAGUUUUUAAUAAAUGAAUGACAUGAAUUACUAAAAGAAAUAAAAGAAAGAAUAUCGGCCCAAAACAGGGGCACACUCCAGUGGUCAGAAAAUACUCAAAAGUAAAAACAUUACAAGAAAAACUAAGAAAACUAUAUAAAAAAAAUUGUUAACAGACCAGUUUUAGCAUAUGCAAGUCAAACUCUGACCUUCACAAAGGCGGAAGAAAACAUGUUAAACUCAAGGAAAAGAAAAGUUCUGAGUAAAAUAUACGGACCAAAAGAGUCUGAAUAUGGAUGGAGCAUACGAAACAACGAGGAAAUAAAUAGACUAUAUCAGGAUCCCAUGCUAGUAGCAGAAAUACAAGGAGGGCAGUCUUCGCUUGACGGGGCACUCAAUAAGAAUGUCAAAUGACGGAGAAGUGAAGAAUGCGCACCAACGAAACCCUAUAGGAAAACAACUCAAAGGUAGAAUUAGGCUUAGAUGCUACGGUAAAAGAUGUACUACAGCUGGGAACCCAAGCAGGGAAACUAAAACAUCAUAUAGGUCUGAGUGGAAAGAAGAGUUGAGGCAGGUCAAAGCCCUACAAGGGCUCAAGCGCCAAAGAGAUGGAUAGUCUGAGUGGAAGGAUGUCGAGGCAGGCCAAAGCCCUACACGGGCUCAAGCGCCAAAGAGACGGAUGGUCUGAGUGGAAGGAUGUCGAGGCAGGCCAAAGCCCUACACGGGCUCAAGCGCCAAAGAGAUGGAUGGUAUUUAUGUAUAUUAGAAAAUGACGUCAGGGGCCGUCGAGCCUAAUAACUUAUCAAAAAGUAACAUCCUACCCUCAAGUCAAGAAAGUUCCCUAACUUUUGGUCAGCGAAGUCAAACAUUGGUGAUCUCCUCCUGCUGGGACAGCUCCUGCGUGUAUCGUCACUCGAUUCACUAGCCUUACAGUGGUCAUCUUAGCCUCAGGAAAUCCGGUUGGUCAGUAAUGUUGUCUUAGCAUCGGCUGUCGACUUUCCCAAGGGUCGGGAUGAUGUAUUUACGCACUGUCCAACCCCGGGAAGCGUUCGAGGUCAUCAAAUAGGAUUUUAUACUGUGCUUUCUACCUCGCUUGGACGAAACGGUUGCAUAGGAAAAAGUCUUCUGAAUUGCCGUGUAUUUAUAAUCAUGAGCGUGAAGCUGCUUUUAAAACAAAGAGUCUUACAAAAGGCACCAAACUUUCAUUAUUUAGUAUUUAAAAAUUCCAAUUAAAAUUUUUCAGUUACUGAAUGCAUUUUUGGGGGGGAAACACAUCCUGUCUCAUUCUCCCUCAGGUAAAUAACAUAUUAAAAAUGUAUAUGACGUCUACUGUAAAUAUUUCCUUUCUUCUUUUGUGUAUCACUAGGAUAUACAUUAUUUUAAAAAAACAACCAAUAUCUGUUUUAAAUAGCCAUACGAAAUAUAUAGACCAGUGUUUCCCAACCUUUUUUUUGUGCCCUGCCCCACAAAACCCUUUUUAAAAUUUGUAUGCCCCCCCCCCUUCUUUUGUAUCAUAUACAUCAUUUUUAAUAUUCAAAAAUGCGGUUGUUCACUGAAUAAACUUAAAUGAUCUUUACAACAUUUUUAACGAAAUCCUAUUUUAAAUUUAGACUUAAGGACUUUAAGGAUUCUCCUUUAAAAAUACGAGUUAAAUUAUAGCAGACGGUUGUUGUUUUUAAAUCUAGACAUAUCAUUUUUCGAAUUACU